CCAACUGAGCGAGGUUUAUUAGGAGCGUUUCCCAACACUAGCACAAAAAAAAAGUCACCUUGCCUGCGCCGCCGAUCUGCCCCCCUCGACCUCGACGGCGCAAACCCAGGCCGGCUCUUUCUCACCAGUCACCGCCGGCAGGGUUCUCCUCAAGCCGUGAGAGCUAAAACAAGAUGGUGGCCAAUGGUGAGGCACCUGCAAGAGGGAGUGCAGCAGCUGCUGCAGGCCUGCGCAGGCGUAGAACCACCGGUGGAGCUACUGCUGGAGGUGGUGGCGCCAGUACAAUGCUUCAGUUCUACACCGACGAGGCUGCUGGGCGCAAGAUGUCCCCAAACGCCGUUCUGAUCAUGAGCGUGGGGUUUAUUGCGGUCGUCGCCGUUCUCCAUGUUUUCGGCAAGCUGUACCGCACCCCUAACUAGGUUCUUGGUACCUAUGGACUCAGAGUCUAUGAACAGAGGAACCUAUAGAAUUGAUUUGAAGACAUAGCAAAAUGACUAUCAGAUCCUGAAAAUACUCCUAUGUUGUUAUACCUUAAAAUUUUAUACACCUUAUAAAUGCUGAGAUGCUAUAGCUGAAUCCUUAGCUGAAUCCUUGCAAGUAAAGCUUGGCAACUGCUUCCUUAUUAUCGGUAAUAUCCUUAUUAUAUGUUAGUUUUUUUUAGCGA